AUGCGCCAGGUGAAGGCAGCACCAGAUGAAGGCAGCACCAGUUCACUCACUAGCCCACUAACUGGCCCACUCACUGGCCCACUCACUGGCCCACUCACUGGCCCAAUCACUGGCCCACUCACUGGCCACUCAAACAAGACAAAGCUGGGCGAGGCUGAAAAGGACAAGGUGGGGCUGGGCGAGGCUGGAAGGAACAAGGUGGGGCUGGGCGAGGCUGAAAGGAACAAGGUGGGGCUGGGCGAGGCUGAAAGGAACAAGGUGGGGCAGGGCGAGGCUGAAAGGAACAAGGUGGGGCAGGGCGAGGCUGAAUGGAACAAGGUGGGGCUGGGCGAGGCUGAAAGGAUUAGGGUGGGGCUGGGCGAGGCUGAAAAGAACAAGACGAAGCUGGGCGAGGCUGAAAAGAACAAAGUGGGGCUGGGCGAGGCUGAAAAGAACAAGGUGGGGCUGGGCGAGGCUGAAAGGAACAAGGUGGGGCUGGGCGAGGUUGAAAGGAACGAGGUGGGGCUGGGCGAGGCUGAAAAGAACAAGGUGGGGCUGGGCGAGGCUGAAAAGAACAAGGUGGGGCUGGGCGAGGCUGAAAGGAACAAGGUGGGGCAGGGCGAGGCUGAAAGGAACAAGGUGGGGCUGGGGGAGGCUGAAAGGAACAAGGUGGGGCAGGGCGAGGCUGAAAGGAACAUGGUUGGGCUGGGCGAGGCUGAAUGGAACAAGGUGGGGCAGGGCGAGGCUGAAUGGAACAAGUUGGGGCAGGGUGAGGCUGAAAGGAACAAGGUGGGGCUGGGCGAGGCUGAAAAAAGAAAGGUGGGGCUAGGUGAGGCUGAAAAGAACAAGGUGAGGCAGGGUGAAGCUGAAAGGAACAAGGUGAGGCAGGGUGAAGCUUUCGAAAGGAACAAGGUGGGGCUGGGCGAGGCUGAAAAGAACAGGGUGGGGCUGAGCGAGGCUGAAAAGAACAAGGUGGGGCUGGGCGAGGCUGAAAGGAACAAGGUGGGGCAGGGUGAGGGUGAAAGUAACAAGUAG